UCUUUCCUUGUAGUGGAUCAAUAACUGCAUAGGAAGAAAAAAUUACAAAAGGUUCUUCAUCCUCAUGGUGUUUGCUCUUCUCUUGCUUAUUCUGCAGUGGGCUGUUGGGAUGCUUGUGCUGAUACUGUGUUUUGUUGAGAGAAGGAGAUUUUCUGCUGAAAUUGUUUCAAAGCUGGGUAGUAGCUUUUCCUUGGCACCCUUUAUCAUUGUGGUGGCUGUGUGCACUUUAUUAGCCAUGGUUGCUACUCUUCCAGUUGCACAACUUUUCUUCUUCCAUAUUCUUUUAAUAAAAAAGGGAAUCAGCACCUAUGAUUACAUUAUUGCUUUGAGGAAGCAAGAUCAGGAGCAGGAGCAACUUGCUGUUGGUGGGCAGCAAAGUCCGCAAAUGUCCCAAGUGAGCUCUUUUACUGGACUAAGCAGCACCAGUUCUUUCAAUCAAUUCCAUCGCGGUGCAUGGUGUACUCCGCCAAGAUUAUUCCUUGAGGAUCAGAUGAUUUGUUUCUUGUGA